AUGGCGAUACCCGACGUAGACAUUCAUCCUGUUGCCACUGGCCGGGCGGCCGAUAUCGUGAAGCAGCACGAGGACGCGAAGGCAGAUAUCGUCCUGUACAGCGGCUGGUUCUGCCCCUUUGUCCAGCGUUCAUGGAUCACCCUUGAAGAGAAAAAGAUCCCCUACCGCUAUCAAGAAAUCAAUCCCUACAAGAAAGAGGCCUCGUUCCUCAAACUCAACCCUCGCGGUCUAGUUCCCACCCUCGGUGUUCCCACCCCCGACGGCCAACAGCCCUUGAUCGAAUCCGGCAUCAUCUGCGACUACCUCGACGAGACCUUUCCAGAUGUUCCCCUCUACCCCAAAGACCCCUUCCAAAAGGCCAAGCUCCGCAUUUCCAUCGACUACGUGACCUCGCGCAUCAUUCCGGCCUUCCACCGCUUCCUGCAGCACACCAAGGAGAAGCCGUACACGAUCGACGAGGCACGCUCCGAGUUCCUCAAUACCCUCCUGACUUUCAUCAAGGACGCGGACCCGGAAGGGCCCUUCUUCGCCAGCAAGCAGUUCACCAUGCCGGAUGUGAUCCUCGCGCCAUGGGCUGUGCGACUGUGGAUCUUCGACCACUUCAAGGAGGGCGGGCUGGGGAUUCCGGAGCCGGGGAAGGGCGGAGAGAACGAGCAGCUGUGGGAGCGGUGGCGCGUGUGGGCCAAAGCGGUGGAGGAGCGGAAGAGCGUGCAGGCGACGAUGAGUGACAAGGAGCACUACCUGCCGUUGUGGCAGCGGUAUGCCGACGACAAAGCCAUGUCCGAGUUGGCUAAGGCGACGAGGGCUGGAAGAGGUGUUCCGUAG